UAUUCGAGUCUUGUAGAGCAGCAUGUCAUGAGAGCCUGCAAUGCUUGCAACUCAACUAUCACCUGAAUCAUUGUUGUUUUGCGGGGCCAUCAGCCUCAGAAGUCUUCUUCGACAGACACUAGAGCUUGCAGAAAAGGCGCCAGCCAGCAUGGUGGGAUGCUGGAAAAAGUGAAAAACAAUAACAAACAAUUUACCAAUCUCUCACUUGUUUCCAACAAUGAUCUGAUGGGAACAUUAGGCAUCGAAGUUGCGCACCUCUGUGGGUGGAGGUCCCGGGUUCUCCUCCACGUGACCCAAACUAUAUUUCAGCCUUAUCACCGUCCGCUGCAACCUCGACUGUCAUCAUAAUCACCCCAACCUUGAAGACCACGCAGGAUGGGUUCUGUUGUUCUUCCACACUUGCCUACAGCUUGGCAUGUCGACCAAGCUAUUCUUUCUGAAGAGGAUAGGCUGGUUGUCAUUCGUUUUGGACGCGACUGGGACAAAGACUGCAUGGCCCAGGAUGAAGUUCUUUACAAAGUUGCAGACCGUGUGAAAAGCUUUGCUGUCAUUUAUCUUUGCGAUAUUGACCAGGUUCCGGAUUUCAAACAGAUGUACGAACUUUACGACCCGAUGACAAUCAUGUUCUUUUUUCGCAACAAGCAUAUGAUGUGCGACUUUGGCACGGGAAACAAUAAUAAAUUGAACUGGGUGCUUGAGGACAAGCAGGAGUUGAUUGAUAUUAUAGAGGCAAUUUACAGAGGCGCUAAGAAGGGAAGGGGCUUGGUUGUUAGUCCAAAGGACUAUUCCACGAGAUAUCGUUAUUAAUGCGUGGCAAUUGUGGCGUUGCUCUCAAUAACUAAAGCCAUUACUCAAGAUAGAAUUUCCACAAAACUAUGAAUUUGGGUUGGUUCAUUACUGGAUCUGAUUCAGGGGGCUAUCUUCAGGGUUUCCAUGCCGGAUAUGAUAAACAAUGAUAUGUGAGGUUGCUUUCUAGUUAAUCGGAAAGCCCCAGGGCUGUACAAACUCGACCUCUGGUAUUCCCAAAAGAUAUAUUUGUAACCGGAACGGUGGCAACACUGGACUCCGUGGCACCUGUCGUGGAUUGGAAGCCUCAACAUUCCGUACUAUGCAGAAUUUUUGGCGUCACAUAUCUGACAAGCAUACCGUGUCCAGACAUCCCGAAUGGAGGGGGUUCUAGGGAGACAUUGAUAUUUCAACUAGCUCCCGAGAAUGGAUCUCUCCAACCGAGGAGAAGGGACUCAAGGCCUACCCUUGUAUACACCUUCUACAUUCAGAAGCCGACUUGCUUGGCUCGGUCUACUUUUCGCAAAUAUGCUCGCAACCGUUAACUAUGUGAAAUUCCAGCAAGAACCGGUUGUCCUAUCGACCAGAGAGUCCCUGGAUUCAGGCAACCUUUGAAGCAUAGGUUUCCAAGUGGCUUUAGAAUCGGAGGGUACGGCCCGCCAGGUCACCUGAAUGUGGUGGCCGAAUGGCCUCUGCACCACCGAGAUGGACUCCGUAGACUUUGAGUCUUCGAUGUCUCCUGGGACCAGCCGAUUUGGCUCGGCCAUCCGAAAAAUUAAUUUGCGCGGAAAAGUGGGUCGGCUCGAUGACUCAGCAUAGAUCGGCGCAAUCCGAUCGGUACAAACUUUAAUUGGACAUCAAAUUCUGACUUUUCGAUUUUUUUCUGAUAUUCAGUUUGGAGUAACUCCGUAGCUCGGAGCGAUUAGAUUGGAAGACAUGUUAUGUUCACGUGUUUCUUAUUGGAAGAGCUGAUUUAUUCCUAUGCGGUGAGAACCCUCCUGGCUUUAAUGUAUAUGAUUAUACAUACAUACCCUGGCGCAAUCAAUGCAGCGAGAAAUGAUUGCUGUAAGUCACUGCUAGAUCCAUACCCAAGUAUUUGGCUCUUGGUCGCCUUCUC